GUCGAAAGACCGCGAGCGCGAGGAGGCCCCCAACGCGAUCGCUCCCGAGGCUGAUCGAGUAGUCGAGCUCAAGCACUACGUCGGACUAGUCACGUCGUGCUGCCACGAGGGCCCUUGUGGCACUCCUCUCGCCGCAGUCGGAGGCAUGCGGAGGCUCUACCCGGCCGCGUCCGACACGAGGGGCCAGCUGUACCGCGUCAAUGUCCAGUCGUCGAGGACGCUAAUCCUGGGGAGAUACGCGAGCGUGGACAUACGGGAAGGCAUGCUCGCCGCACGUCAGUACGACUGCCUCGAGGGGCGCACGUACGAGAGGAAAACAAGAUUUUUCAAUCGUGCAACACAGGAGACCUCUCUGAAUCUUUACCAACCGUUUUUGCCCGCCACAAUGAACCAAUUAAGAGCUCCCCGCAACAGAAUAGAUUGCAAUCGUCAUUCCAUGCAACUUACAAAUAAGCCGCGGAAGCAAGAUGAUCAGCACUUUACAAGGAAGUCCACUAUCGCCAAGAAGAUCCGACCAUUUUCGGAUUCCAGUCCGGAUCACAUCUCAAGGCAGUUUCCUUCAGGGAGACUGUCGCAGCAUUCCAAGGACAACGCGUUAAGUCGUUCGAUCCUCAAUCAUGCAGAUUCCUUGAACGAAUGUUCAAAAUUGUACAACCAACGUUCAAUGGUUGCCAGCUCGCUAAGCUGUUCGAGCGAGAGUCGAUCGAGCUCCUCCGAUGACAAUCUAACAAACCAUUCGCCAAUUCACCAGCUGGACACCAGUUCAUCGGACAAUUUUGAUUAUUUUCGAAUGUUUGAGGAUGCCAGCGUGACUGACAUGCCCGGGCCGAGCUUCUCAGGCUAUCGAAGCGAGAGUUGUCAGCUGAACUACGAGACGUUCGAAGAUUUCAAUAUGAAUCUUCUGAAGAUCGACCUGCUGGACGACAUCUCGUCUACGCAACAAUCACCCGUGCGUGAGCAACAUGGCCUGAAUGUUCAAGAGGAUGUGCUCAAUGAAUCAUUAAUAUCGUUGAUGGAAAAAGACGAGGGCGAUAUGACUGUACUGUCGCGGAAGCAGCGAACGCGUAGCCCGAGUAGCCAGAGGGAUCCAUCCGACUUACCCCUGAUACCAUCGAUAACGGAGGAGUUGGAGGUAGCGAAUGAACUGAAGAAGGAAAAUUACUCGAGGCAGCAGUCACCUGUCGGCGAACAAUGGGCCCACAGCCUGAAUGUGGAGGAGGAUACGUCCAGCGCAAUCUCGACCAAGGAAGACGCAGCGAAGGAAACACUGGAGGAGGAUCAGUCGUUCGAUUCGCUGAAAGCCGCGAUGUUGUAUCAAUGCAACGAUCAUCCCUGCGCUCAAUUAUUUUACUGUCAAACCUGCUGCAAAGCGAUCUGCAAGGAAUGCGCCAAGAAUUGCAUUUACAAACACGUGACGAUGGAGCUAACAGAGGUCCUCGAAAACGCUCAGCAUCAGGCUGAGGAGGUGCUGAUGGAGGCCUACCUCGGGAUCGACGUUCUCGCGGACGAUAUGGAAAAUAUGGGGUUGGACAUUGCAGCGUUAGAUCAGAGGACCAGAGAGGCGCUCACCGACGUGAAGUUCUUUUCGCGUAGAAUGUGGACCGCGGUGGAAGAGAGGGAGAAGAAACUGUUUAAACAAAUUGUGGAGACGCGUCGAUGGAAGUACGAGGUGCUUCACGAGAAGUACAUGAAUUUAAAGGAGGAUAAGAUACGGCUGUCGCAGGCCGUCAAUGCUCUGAAAUGCGCCAUCCGUGACGCACAAUCAUCCCCCGUGUGCAAUCCCGAUGACCUUUUGCAGAGAAAGGACAUGGUGUUGGCCGAGAUCUGGCAGAUUCGACAAAGCCGAAAGACAAAGGCUCGAUCUGUUCGAGACGAGAACUGGAUCUCCUUCAGGAGUUCCGACAGCAACGUGCUCUCCGUGAUCGCCAACGGAGGAAACGUCCUGGUGAACGGCCCGGGCGUAAUCGGGGACCGUCUACCGAAUCGCGAUUAUAAAUCGCAAUCGUACUUCCCGUACUUCCCGUACGGAAUGAGCGAGCAGAUGAUGCAACCGAUCCCGCGCGGUCGUCCGAUAACGGACUACGAUCGCAACAUCUGCCUUCCUAAUCGGAAGCACGAGUUGCAAGUCAAGAGCACGGAUGUCAUAAUCCUUGGCUACUUUGGCGAGAACCACGCCGACAAUCUCUGCCGCCCGUGGGGAUUGAUUUGCGACAAUGAGGGUAACAUCAUAAUCAGCGAUCGAUCCAAUAAUCGCAUACAGGUCUAUCGUGAGGACGGUACACUGAUCAGGAAAUUUGGGUGCUACGGAAACGGCCCUUGUCAAUUUAAUCGUCCAGCCGGAAUCGCCAUCGAUGCCAGACGUCGCCUUAUCGUGGUCGACAAGGAUAACCAUCGCGUUCAGAUUUUAACAUUGGAGGGCGAGUUUCUGAGGACCUUUGGCGAACACGGAGAGAAACAGGGCCAAUUCUGUUAUCCGUGGGACGUGGCGGUGAACUCAGCUUGCGAGAUCGCUGUUACAGAUACGAGGAACCACCGCGUCCAGCUGUUCAGUCCCGAGGGUAUUCCCCUGCGCAUGUUCGGCGGUCAACCGCAUCUACUGAGGUAUCUGGAUUCGCCGCGUGGUAUUUGCUUCAAUAAUGAGGGCAAGCUGAUUGUCACGGACUUCAACAAUCAUCAUGUAUUGAUAAUUGAAUAUAACAUGGUGGACAUGCGCAUACUUAAAUGUGAGAAAGACUCAAAGGGCAAGAGGCAGGAUGGGGAAGUCGGCGACGGGCAGAACGAGGAGAUCACCCCCACAUUUCAGAGGCCCCAGGGCAUUAUAGCAGCCGACGACGGCAGCAUUCUCGUUGCAGAUUCCCGUCACAACUCGAUCAAGGCGUUCAAUUCGGUCGGUUCGUUGAUCUAUUCCUACAAGCCCGGUCAGGAGGAGAUGGAUCGUCCGUUGGGUAUAGCCCUUCACUGCGACGGUAGAAUGGCGUUCACGGAUUACGGCCGUAAUUACGUGCGCCUGGUAAAGCUAGAGAACCACAUGGACCCGGUGGCGAGGAACGCUAUCAUGUUUGGUUGACGCCUCAGGAUCGCAGACGCGUUAUUCUGAUAACUUAAUGGAGACUUCCGCCGGGAAGGUUUCCGUUUGCGUCAAGCGUGAACAGUAUGCCGGCUCUGUCGUGGGAAAGCUAUCGCAAUUUUUACAUUUGCAACGCGUGGCAGGAUUUUUGAGCCACCAGUAAAUUGCGCUAGGAGGUAUGUUUCUUUUUUCGAAGACACGAGAUGAGAAAGUCUCACCUAUUGGUGAAAAUGGUAGUCGACGAUGUGCGAGAGAGAAUAAAAGUUAAUGUUUUUGCGCACGCGACGCCGCCUCGUAUACAUACGUACGUAUAUAUAUAUACAUUACACACAUUAUCACCGAUCGAUUCUGAAAUAGAUCUUACGUAUGAAAGCUUAUUUUCGCUUUCAGAUUUUUUCACUCCAUGUAAUUAGUAAGAAGAAAAAAAGGUAAUUGCCUGCGUCGCGAGAUCGUUUUAUAUCGGACGCUCAAUUUUACCCUCGAAAAAAAGUUGUAAUUUACCAUUUUAGCACAUCUACAAUGUUCGCUGAAAUAACACGCGACUUUUACUCCGAUUAACAAUUUACGUUCUCGUUGUUAUUUAUCUGUUAUUUAUAAAUUGUACUAUACGCAUUUUUACAAUUUUAUUGCGCUACGCGUUGUACCUCCUGGUUGGAUGGACACACGAAAUGCUCAUGUAGCUUAGACAUUUUUAGAUUUUUAGCCUCCGUCACAAAUAAAGUGGAAAGAUAUUGGAAUGGAGAGAGAAAAGACCUGUGCUACAUUUUGAAUGAUUGAACGAUCAAUCGAUUGACGGUGCAUCGUUAAGAAAUAUAGUAACGAAGGGAAUUAACGAGUUAUCGAUAAAUCCAGAUAUAAUCAGCGAUCAUGUUUUAAUAAUACAUUUUAUUUAUUGUAUGUAUUAUAUAUGUAUAUAGAAGAUUCGAUUAUUACUCGAAUUACGGUAGAUGAGUUUUUCUUGCUAAGUUUUGCCUAUUUACAAAAUUAAAUCGUGUAUUUAAUUAAAUCCAAUUUAUUUGCGGAUUUGCAAGAUUCGCUCAUCUUUUUCCAGAUGCAUGACGCUGACGAUAAUUACGUUUAGGAAUCCGAUUUCGGAAAAAAACAGUAGAAAUUGCGAUAGGAUAUUAUCAAUGCAUGUUUUAUACUUUAAUUUUAUGAUUUUAUAACAUUUUUUUAAGUAUGUAAUAAAAUGUAUCGCAAUAGGAUUAUUUUAUUUGUAUUGCUUUCUUCAUAAUAUUUGAAUUUCUAGUGCAUACAAAGUGCAGAAUUGACAAAUUAGAAGAGAUAUUUUGCACAUUACCGUCAAAAUCAAACAUCUUUAAUCGGAAUCUUCGUCAUUCUUUUCAACACUCUUUUUACUGUAUGUAUUUGUACUCAUUAACUUUCAGCUAUAUGUAAGAUUUUUAAUUAGUAUUGAAUUCAAUUGUAUAUUUUUCAAUUUUAGUAUGUAACAGAAUUAUUUAACAAAUCAGAUGAUCAUUAAUUCAGUCUAAACUUUAAUAUAUUCUAUAUACAUUUUAAUCUGUAUCGACAUUUUCUCAAUAUUUUAUUUCACAAUUAGUGGAUUUAUUGAUUUAGUGAGCGGAGGAAAAAUGUUGAUCGAAAAACAGACAACGAGAUAUCUUGAAUAUGCCAAAUUGGAUAAGGAAACAGCGUCAAAACGGAAAGUAUCCAUCCAGAAGAAUCAAUUUCUUAAUUUCCAUAUUUAGUGUCACUGUCCUUAAAAAAAAAGAGCCAAAAAAGGCAGUCUAUAUUACUAGCAACGUUAAGUAUUAGCCAGUAAGCUCGUUGUUAAGGUAACUACCUAAUAAUGUUAGACAUUAAUGUGACUAAAUCGUUAUCAUGGUUGAAGAAGAUCAGUACAAAGUGUGUGCGUGCGAGAGAAACCGUUAGAAAUUGCUCGUUGAAAGGGAAAGGCAACGGGACGCUGAUUGUUUUUUCGUGGUUGUUUAAAAAUCUGGUUGAAAUAGAAAUUAUAAAUGUAUAUGCAUCUUUAGCGCCGUCGUGAAGGGCACGGUGCGCAUUUACGAAUUAUAUUACGAUGUAUAUAUCGUACGAAUGGUCCACCGACUCUCUCGGAUCCGUUGUAAAUUUUCACGAAAUGUUCCUUGGGCAUCUUCCAUAUACGAGUAUCUUGGAACAAACAAUACAUAUAUAUACAUAUAUGUAUAUGUAUUCCUCAGAAAUAAUAAUUGUUCUUUAAGCUGCGGGAUGGCGAAAGAGCACCUCGCGUUGAGCUCUCCUUCGAAGCUACCCGUUUAUAUUCAGAAUGACGAAGUAGCAUUUAUACAUAGAGAAGAAAUAUUUUUAACGAAGAAGCGAGGAGAUUAAACUAAUGGAAGAUGCGCAGCGUAUAAGAGUAUGAAAGCAUUUUUCUAUGAAUGUCUUCAUGUGUGGCAAGUAAUUGGUACAUCGCUCGAAUAUCUCGCAAAGUGGCGGGCGUGAGUGUUACUACCUCAUGAGAAAGUUAUCGCGCAGCAUUUGCGUAGGGUGCUUCUUGAGUAGCAUUCAAUAUUUUAGGAGUUAAUUGUUGAGCUUACACGAGUCUCCCUUCAUGAAAGGGUUUCGUUUCAGAGACGCAAAGUGAGACGCAAACAAGACCCUUGAGAUUGGAUAAUUCAGGGGAACUAUUCUUUGUAACGUUAACUCCUAAAGUAUUAGAUAAUUAGAUUACACGGGGCGUUUCUUGAGUAUAUUUGGAGGGUUUCUCGUUUCAGAGAUGCAAGGUGAGACCCUUAAGAUUGGGUAUUGCACAGGAACUUUUCUUCGUAACAUUAAUUCCUAAAAUAUUAGAUAAUACUGAAGAAACACCUUGCGUAACGUGUACGAUGCAACGCUAGGUUUCGGCUGUGUUAAACACGUAGAAGGGUCACGAUGCGCGCCCGCUUUGCGACAUAUAUCCGCGUGUCAGGCGUGACUCGCGCGUCGGUAUUUUUUUAAAAUGAGCAAAAGCGCGCGUGAGAGCUUUCACGAGAGGAUCCGGAAGGGGUCGUGCGACUUUCUUUGAACGAUCUUUCAUAAGUGUACGACUAGAGAGACACUUUCUACGUAUAUUAGACGACGUUCUGUAUGUGUUAUGUCCGUUACACGAGAUGUUCAAUAGAGAUCAACCUCUUCUUAGAUUUCGCGUCAAUGAUUCCCGGAGGGUCUACGGGGCGACGGGAACGAGCCCUCGUUUUCGCCGAGGGGCGUUGUACGUCCCUUCUGUCGCGCGUCAUUCCGAAAAUAGCGCAUCUGCGAGACUACAUUUAUAAUCUCGCGCAGAUAUUGCUCCUCGUGUCACGACCGACCUCAACUUAUCAUUAGAACUACCGAAGCAGCCCGUAUAACUGGUUCAUAAUUUCUUGUCACCCACCGUGACCCAGUAUAAAGAAUAUAUUUUCUAAAGUGAUAAACGUUUGUUAU